AUACAAGAGAAACCUUGUUUAGAUGAAGCGGCACAAGAGACCACGGCCGGCAUCGUCGAGACGAGCGGAAGCGUCGAGGAGCCGCCGUCGCCGGAAGGUCGGCUGCAACCGGAGGAUCUCUCCGUCACGGCCAAGAUCAAGGACAUCCGAGACACCGCGGAGAGUCUGCCACCCCUGAAGACGCCCGAGCUGAAGCUGUCGGUCCGCAAACUGCUCGGAUGCACCCCCUCGCCGCCGCCCAUAUCGAGGGAUCGAUCAUCCAGUCCGGAAAACUGCGUUGAACUAAAAAGUCAAAGCUCGAAUGACAAGGCGAUUGUGUCCUCCAAUGAUCAGGCCAAAGUGUCCUCGCAGGUUACAAGGUCGAGUGGACUGAAUCAAGAGGACUCCGCCAAGGGAUCCAAUUGCCGAAGCAACGGAAGUGGUAAUGGCAAACAGAGGAGAUCGCGGACGAACUUCACCAUCGAGCAGCUGGCUGAACUCGAAAGGCUUUUUGACGAAACGCAUUACCCCGAUGCAUUUAUGAGGGAAGAACUGAGCCAGCGGCUCGGUCUCAGCGAGGCGCGGGUACAGGUUUGGUUCCAGAAUCGACGCGCCAAAUGUCGCAAGCACGAGAGCCAAUUGCACAAAGGCGUCGCUGGAAGCAUGGUGCUGGCACCGCGCAGUCCGCCAACAACGUUGGAACCGUGUCGAGUUGCGCCUUACCUGCCAGCCCUCAGGUUGCACCCUCCGAUGCAAGGAACGGGCGCCGCAAGCGUCACGGUUGGAUCGGCCUUCGACCCGGCGGUGCUGCACUACGCGGCCGCCGGCGGCCUCUUCUGUCUGCCACCACCGCCACCGCCACCCCCGGCGCCGUCGGCCGGUCAUCCCCCUCAUCCGCUGAGCCUGGCGGCGUCGCUGGCCGCUGCUGCGGCUCGCUCGAAGAACAGCAGCAUCGCAGACCUGAGGCUAAAAGCAAGACGGCACCAGGAGGCCUUAGGACUCGACCGACCCGCGUAAGGUCCGCGCCGUGAUACGUCUUGGACAAGAGGGAGACUCGACAAGGGUGAAGAGGGUGCGAGUUAUCGUGAUGGUGAGUAUACGUUGGGGAGGAUUCGUACUCUCUCGAAAUGUGAGUUGGAGCGACGCGAAGAAAGGAUUGUAAGUGGACCGACAUUGUGAUCGCGGUGAGUUCAAUUCUCGUAGGGAAGGUACAUACCUUACGCCAAGACAGUGUAUGAAUUCACCAAGAUACUCACCGUCGUCGUUCGUUAAAUCUAUUAGCGGGCUAGUAAAACUUUGAUUUAAAUUCAGGAGAUUUUAAUUCGCUUUUCUCGUUUAUAUCAUUUUGAUACUGGAAACAUUAAUUAUAUGCGGCUAUAAUCCUUCUAAAAAUUUAAUAUCACAAGGUAGUGCUUAAUUCUCUAUUUAGAGAAUUUUAUUAAAAGUAUCGUUUUCC